CUGGCGACAACCAUGGCGGGGGAUGUGGGCGGUCGCAGCUGCACGGACGCGGAGCUGCUGCUGCACCCUGAGCUGCUGUCCCAGGAAUUCCUCCUCCUCACCCUGGAGCAGAAGAACAUAGCUGUUGAAAAUGACGUAAGAGUAAACAAAGACAACCUUACUGACCUUUACGUCCAGCACGCCAUUCCGUUGCCUCAGAGGGAUUUGCCAAAGAAUCGAUGGGGGAAGAUGAUGGAGAAGAAAAGAGAGCACCAUGAAGGGAAAAAUGAUACCAAAAGGGGUAGUGCUGUAGAUGGAUUAAGGAAAAGACCCCUCAUUGUGUUCGAUGGGAGCUCAACAAGCACAAGCAUCAAAGUGAAAAAGACAGAGAACGGAGCAGACGACCGGCUCAAGCCUCCUGCCCAGACAGGCUCCACCAGUGAUAGCCUUCGGAAAUCACCAAAUUCCUCUUCGAGGAUUGCACCCCUAGUUUUGUAUUCCAGUUUACCUAUGAACAAUAAAAUGGAGCACAAUAAUAAUGACACUAAACAGAACCAUGACUUGACGCAUAGGAAAAGUCCUUCGGGUCCAGUGAAGUCACCGCCUCUCUCCCCUGUUGGAACUACUCCUGUGAAAUUGAAACGGGCUGCUCCUAAGGAAGAGGCAGAGGCCACAAAUCACCUGAAGCCACCAGAAGCAAAGAGGAAGAUACAGCAUGUUACGUGGCCAUGAAGGGAAGCCUCCCAGAUGUAAAUAGAGCUGCAGCCGCAGUUUCAGAUGAGUCCACAGUAUUUACAGAGAUCCUGAACACUGAGGGGUUUCCUUGAGGUUUAAAAUAGGUUUGGAAAAAUGAGUCUUUUCCUUCUCUCCCUCCCUCCAUUUCUUCCCUUCCUUACAAUGUCUUGACUUUCAUGUCCCAAUUAGGGAAGAAAUUUCUUUUUAAAAUACAGCUUUGUACACAUCCUCUGUAAAAUUCUUUUUCCAAGCAAAAGCAGUUAGCAGUUCACAGUAUUGUAGUAAAUAUUGCCACCUGCAUCUUGAAGGGUUCGCCAAGAACAGUGUAUUGAUGGUGUUGAUGGAAAAGCGUUCUGCUCUUCAGUUACGUGUGUCACUUUGUCCCAUGGAAAGCAAAAGGGAAGUCAGGGCUUGCCAUUUCUCCUUCUCAGUGGCAAAAGCUGCUUUGUCUGUAGAAUGUUCCUGGCUUACAGGGGCCCUGUCUAUUCUUGUCUUAAGCAGCUUGAGGUCUCACUGUGAGCUCAGCUAUUUCUUGUAUGAACUUAAGCUUUUUAAAAUGAGACUGACUUUAAUGUCUUCAGGCUGGGUGAUCAUGUUAGAGGCUGUACUCCAUGUCAGAAAACUUGGGAAUGAUGGGUCCUACAAGUCUAGACAGAAGAAAGUCCAGAACAUGUGGCAGUGGUGGGGGUUGCUUAUCAGUAUGCUGUGGAGUAGGCAGUCGUCACUGUCGGGACACUGAGUUGGGAUUCACUGUAGAGUGCAGCAGAAAGUGGACUCCUUACUGAAGAGGGUCAUGUGCUAUAAUACAGAUUCCUGCAGGGAUGUCCCGUGCAGGGGUACGUGGUGGUCUUUUUAUUUUUGUGCAAAUAGCAUUAUCCACGUGUAUAAUGCAGGCAAAUGAGAAAAUACUGUUUGCUUUAAGGUCGAGAUUUCUAGUGUCUGCUUAUUCCUUUAUAUUUCUAAGAGCAAAAGAUACUUCAUACUUUUUCCAUGUAUAAUCUUCAAAUUGUUGGUUUGUCUUGUUGGUAUGCCAUAUGGUCAUCUCCUUUCUUUGAUUUGUUAAACAGCCAUUUUAGUUCAUUUAUCAGAAUAGCCUUACAAAAAAUAAUUCAGCCUUGCAGGUAAGUACUGUUCUUAGGCAUCAACCCUGUAGUUUUUAAGCGUUCUGCUUUCUUCCCCCCAGACUAAAUUUGUACAUGUAAGACAAAGUUUAUGAUACUAAGUGUUGCAUGAACUGUUGAUUCUACAGUAAUUUUUUAAAUAUAUUGUUAUCUGCAGGGUUGAUAAGUUAAUAUUGUUGGAAGGAACUGUGCUCCUAUAUGUAAUGGUCAAGGUAGAUUUUAAAAGUGCAGCUUUUAGAGUAGAAGAACACAUUAUAUUUUAUAUUCAGUUGACCUCUCUGCUUCCACCGGUGUUUCUCUCUUAAGGAGAGAGUUUACCGUUUGACAGUUUUAAGUCAGUGGGAACUUAUUUUAGUUACUCAGUGAAAUUAAUUUUUAAUUUGUAUGUUUAACUUACAGAGUAGGUUGGUAAUAACAGCUGAACUGUGUAACAUUGUUGCUUCAAAUUGAAGUUUAUACUAUGACCAUCCAGCAUCUGCGCUCACAUAGCAGCAUAUUGUUGAGCUGUCUUGAGUUUGAGAGGUGGAAAAGCAUUGACCCAUGCACUGUGUAUUAUGUAGUGCCUCCAUCACAGAGCGCCAUGCCUCCUGAAGGGAUUGUAGAACUGGCUCCCUCCAUGUGAUGACGAAGCGUGCUGAGAGCUGUGAAUCUGGGGCAGCAGCUUUGGGAGUGUUGUUUUGAAGUAGUGUUUGAGUUUGGGCUCUAAGGACUCUAUAGGGUAGUGGACAAGUCUGGAGUAAGUUUACUUAGUAGUGUAUAGGGUUAGUAUUGUUGCUUUGGAUUCUGUAUCCCAGUGCAAGCUAUUAUUCCUGGGUCGGGCAAAUGAAUGGCAUUAGAGACGGUGGGAUGCUCCUGAGGUACAGAAGGCACCGCAUCUACCAUUGGCAAGUCCACCUUGUUCUUUUUUUCCUAUUUUGUAUAUCCUGGUCUCUUUCCCACUCUUCUUCCUCUCUUCUCUAGGUCUGAGCCUCAGACUUAGAUUUGCAGAUGGCAUUGUGUCUAUGACCUUACUCCAUUCACUGAGGGUGAAGAUGGUCUGACCCCAAACCUCCUACAUCCGAGGGGGUCAUAGACCACUGUGUGGAUCCUGCAGUCUGGAGUCCUGUAGCACCAGGACACUAAAUUGCUUCCCAAAGGCUGUCAUAGUUUUCCAGAGUAGCCUUAUAAUUUAGGCAGCUGCCAGACACUUGGAAGAGUGGCUCGCUACUACCAUAGGCUGUGUUUGCUGGUAUUAAAAUUCUUCAAAAUUGAAACUUCCAUUUGAAAUUGUGUUUUGCUUGACUUAAGUUUGAGAGACAGUUCUAAAACUGAUGUAGAGACUCAUUCAACAGCAAUGACCUUUUACAAACUUACAUUAAGUAAAACUGCCAGUAGAUUAAAUCAUCCCCAUACGGAAGAACUUUCUCUACUUACUACUGUGGAAUUUGAGCAUUGUUGAGAGGCUACAAUUGGUCGACAUGUUUUUAAGUGUGCUUUUCUUAAAUGCUUGUGUAAGUUUUGUAAUUCAGUAUAGAAAAGGUUGACCUUGUAAUGUACAUUUUUGUAUGUAUAGUCUUUUAAGUAGCCUUGUCCUUAUUUAAAUAAACUGAAUAAAACUA